UUGGUCCAAUUUCAUCAAUACCUUAGCAGCAAUACUACGUCGUUUAACUCCAAAUUUAGUACCAUCGGAAAAAUCCAUAGACGGCCAGAAAUCGAGAUCGGAAAACAUGCAACUAAUCUCAAUUGUGCAGCCUAGCUGCGGCGGCAGCAUUUCUUCGCUCUCAACACAGGUUUAUCGACGGAAGCGACUGAAGAUUUUGGGCGAGAUUGAACCGGCUGGCAAAUGUCACAAAGAAGAGGCGAAUCUGUUCAAAUUCCUGGCACCACCACUUUUGGCGGCGGUCGUAGCCUUGUCACCUAUAUGCAACCCACCUGUAUCACUGGGACAAACAGUAGAUGCUCAAAAAGGAGCCACCUUGUUCCGCCGAGCUUGCAUAGGUUGCCAUGUUGCCGGAGGAAACAUUAUACAGCCUGGGGCGACUCUGUUAUCGAAAGAUCUACAAAGAAAUGGAGUUGAUACAGAAGAGGAAAUAUAUCGAGUCACGUACUAUGGGAAAGGAAGAAUGCCCGGUUUUGGUGAGAAUUGCACGCCGAGAGGUCAAUGCACGUUCGGGCCUCGACUGCGAGAAGAUGAGAUUCAACUCUUGGCCCGAUUUGUGAAAUCACAGGCUGAUCAAGCUUGGCCUAAUAUAGAAACUGAAGGUGAUUAGUUUGAGUAAAUUAACUCUCUAUGAUUAAUUAUUUUAGUUUGUAAGAUGUUUUGAUACUUGUGUAAAAUCUUGUAUUAAAUGUGUUUUAUCAAGUUUA